CUAGCAUGCCCGGACAGCUGUUGGCUGUCUGGGCAUGCUGGGUGUUGUAGUUUUGCAACACCUGGAGGUCUGCAAGUUGUAGACCACUGUUAGAGAAAGUUGUACUCACCUGUCCCCGCCGCUCCGGACCGUCACCGCUCGUCACCGCUGCCCGGGAUGUUGCCGUCCAUUGCUGUCGCCGCAUCCCCAUGGUGUCCCCGAUGCUCCGGCAAGGCCUCUGCUUCCCCAGCAACCGCGCUCUCCGUCGCCGCCAUCACAUCGCUACGCACGCCGCUCCUAUUGGAUGAUGGGACAGUGAUGACGUCGAUGGAGAGCGCCGACGAUGCAGAGGAUCCCAAAGAGGACGCGCCGGAGCCCCGAAGACAGAUUAUCUUCUACGAGGACAGGAACUUCCAGGGUCGAUCCCAUGAGAGCAGCAGCGACUGUUCAGAACUGAAUUCUUAUUUCAGUCGCUGUAACUCUAUCCGAGUAGAGAAUGGAAAUUGGAUGAUCUAUGAGCGUCCCAAUUAUACUGGGCAACAAUACUUUGUGAAGAGGGGAGAGUAUCCAGAUUGUCAACACUGGUCUGGUCUCAGUGACUCCAUCAGGUCUUGUCGUUUAAUCCCUCAGCAUCAUGGCUCCUUCAGAAUCAGGAUCUAUGAAAGGGAAGAUUUCAGGGGUCAAGUGAUGGAGUUCACUGAAGACUGUCCUCAUGUAAAUGAAGAAUUCAAUUAUCAUGACAUCCACUCCUGCAAUGUCUUAGAGGGACACUGGAUCUUCUUUGAGCAACCUAACUAUAGAGGACGUCAGUAUUACCUGAAGACUGGAGAAUACAGAAGAUUUACAGAUUGGGGAGCCAUGAAUGCUAGGGUUGGCUCUUUUAGGCGCAUAAGUGAUUUGUACUAAAAUGCUGAAUUUUUUUCAUGUGCUGAAAUUGAUUACAAUAUACCUUAUCCAUUCAUUUUCAUUCAAGAU